GCGGAGCAGGAUGGGUGUAGCAGGAGUGGCGUCGGCGAGGGCGUGGGGGCGGCAGUGGCCCGAGCGAGGCCUUCUGCUGCUGCUCCUGCUCAUGACCUACUGGACCGUCACCACGCGAGCAGGUAUGUCGCCAGCGUUUCCCACCGCCACAGGAUCCACAUCAGGAACGACGUACCGGACAGCCUACGCGUGUGAGGGAACGACGCUAAGCAUAUCCUGUGACCCUGGAUUUGUGAUCAACGUAAUCAGGGCGAACUACGGUCGAUAUUCAAUCACCAUCUGCAAUAUCCACGGGAAUACUGAGUGGUCCGUCAACUGCCAGAGCCCCAGGACGCAUAGAGUGCUGUCAGAGAGGUGCGGAUUGACGCAGGGCUGCUCCAUGCCCGUCAACAGCGAGAUCUUCGGAGACAAUUGCCCGGGCACCUACAAGUACAUCGAAGUCCACUACAGUUGCGUCAUAGACGCGACCACCACCACUACCUCCAGGCCGCGGCCGCCGUGGUACAUGCAUACGAGAGCCCCGAUUAGGACGCCUCCGACUCUGUACGCGAACUACAGUACAACCACGACGACCACCCUCCCGCCAUCCACCACCACAUCCACCACAACAACCACAAGCACGACCACCACCACCACGAGCACCACCACCACCACCCAGGCUCCUGACUUGGAACCGCAAGGUCAGGAGCCAGCGGAGGGCCCCGAGGCCGAGGCGCCCGCUACAGCACCCAUGGAAAACGCCACGUCUCCCGCUGCUCCAGUUAUGCCGUCGUCUUCUACAGUAUCUACCUCUACCUCUACCUCUACUGUUAUCCCGAGUAGCUCCUCGACCCCAGGUAGUAGCACGCACUCGCCGCCCGUGCCUCCGCCGCGUGUGGAUGGGGACUAUGAAAAUCCAUACUGUCCUCCCUCGUUUGCUCGCGGACUCUACUGGAACUGGACUCGCAGCGGGGAAAUUGCGGUGCAGCCGUGUCCAGGGGGCGCCUCCGGAUGGGCGAGGCGCUCGUGCAAGACGGUGGACUGGGCGGGUCCUGCUGACCUGAGCGAAUGUCGCAGCGUCUGGCUGGCCACGCUCGAGACCCGAGCUAAUUCUCACGAUUCGCUGAUCGGCGUGACGGCCGACUUGGCGAAAGUGACAGAAAAUAAAGCUCUGUACGGCGGCGAUCUGAUCACCACGGCUCGCCUCCUCUCCACGCUGGCCACCCUCAUGGCGGACGACCUGGAUGACUUCCCAGAGCCGCGCCAGCGCCAGGCCGUUGUGACGGAGAUGCUGCAGUCGGCGCUCGCUACGGGGUCUGCCCUGCUGGCGGCAGGGAUGGCAGGUCCCUGGGGUGACCUGGCGGUGAGGGAGAGACGCCACGCCGUGACGCAGCUCAUGGUGGCCCUGGAAGAGGCGUCGUUCCUUCUGGCCGAUGUCCUGCCUACGGGCACGGAAGCGGUGCACCAUAAGUCUCACGUGCUGGCGUCUGCGCGGGCUGUCACGGCCGAUGGGUCCUCUGUGGCAUUCCCUUCUGCCCAAGAUCAGACUGUGGACUGGGGCUUCACCGACUCCGUCGCCCUCCCCCCUGAGGCCAUCCUCGAAAACAGUGAUGGCGGCACGACGAGAGUUGUGUUUCUCACGUACCAGCACCUGGAGGACCUGCUUGCGCCGGGCUCGGAACCUCUUGGCCAUCGGUCAGGAAACAUCACACGGCUAGUGAACUCGCGUGUCGUGUCAGCGUCACUGGGUCACGGUCGCCACAUUCAGUUGCCUGAGCCCGUUACUCUCACUUUCUCGCUGUUGCGACAGGAGAAUGUGACUCGCCCCGUGUGUGCCUUCUGGGACUACACCACGUCAGCGUGGAGCGACGAGGGUUGUCGCGUCAUGUUCCACAAUCGCUCGCACGUCACUUGCCAGUGCGAUCACCUUACGAACUUUGCCGUUCUGAUGGAGAAGUCCACCGGUGGAGCGGCGGAGGAUCCACAAGCAGCCUUGCGCAUUUUGGCUUAUGUUGGGUGCGUCGUGAGCCUCGUGUGUGUGGGCGGGUCUCUGCUGGUCUUCUCGGUCUUCCGAAGCCUGGCCUCCCCCCGAACCGCUGUGCAUAGACAUGUGUGCAUCUGCCUCACCGCGGCCGAACUGGUGUUUCUUGUCGGGGUGUGGAGGACCGACACCCCAGUGCUGUGUGGCGUGGUGGCCGGCGUCCUGCACUACACGGUUCUCUCGGCAUUCGCUUGGAUGUUCAUGGAAGGUGUUCACGUUUAUAUGAGUGUUGCUCGAGCAGUAGAAUGCGAUUCUCUGCGACUGCGGUGGUGGCAUUACACCCUGGCCUACGGCCUCCCGCUCCUGGUGGUGGCCGCCGCUGCGGUUGUGGACCCCUUCAGCUAUGGCACCGAUCAGUAUUGCUGGCUCAGGACUGACAACUACUUCGUGUUCUUCCUCGUCGGGCCGGCGCUGCUGCUGCUGGCGGCCCACGUGGCCCUCCUGGCGGCCGCCCUCGUGUACACCUGCAGGCUCUCCCCGGACGACGCCCUGAAGACCAAGGAGAUGGCACGACUCGACUCGACCAGCGGCGUCUAUACCAACGCUCUCCAACACCGACUCUACUCCCGCCUGGCUUGGCUGCGAGGGACCAUCACGCUGCUGCUCCUGAUGGUGCUGACCUGGACGCUGAGCCUGCUGUUCCUGCACCGGCCGUCGCUCCCCAUCGCCGCCGCCUUCUGCGUCCUCAACGCCCUCCACGGAAUCUUCAUCUUCAUCUACUACUGCGUCAGGAACCAGAAGGUGCGGGAAUGGUGUCGGUCUGCGGUGGAGAGCGAGGCUUGGCUCCCGCAGGCGGUGCGCGGAGUCUUUGCCGCCGAGAAGCAGACCUACAGCCCCAAUAACAACACCAACCCCCAUCCCGCCAUCUCUCACGCCCUCAAUCACGCCCUCGCCUCGCCCGCCCUCAACCAAUAUCUUCCAACGCUGUGUCAGCUCGGCGGAGUGAAGGGUCCCGGGGCCAGCACACGCCCCCCGGUGGGACCCCUGCUGUCAGGGGGCACGUCCACGAUGGGCUCUGGGGGGUCUCUUCGUCAGGGGGUCACGGGCCACCUCCCCCUCGGCGCCCUGCAUCAGUCGUUGCCCCGCCACCACACAGUCACCCUCCCGCGCACCACCACCACCACAGCCACCACCACCAGCACCAACCUUCAUCACGCCACCCUUAAGCACGCGGAGGAAGACGCUUCCUACAAGUCCUUCUCGCGGGACUCGGGCCACGGCGGCUCGGAGCAGGAGGACUCGCCCCGCGCCGGAUGGAACAACCACCACCACCGCUACUCCAACUCGCUCACCGCCGACCUCAAGAACGCUUACCUCGCCAAACUCAACAGCAUCAACGCGAGCGGCGGCCUGGACGGGGGCCUCACCUUCCCCAACAUGGAAGGCGGCAACAAAGUGAUCACAGUGCCCAACAGCUACACGACGCAGCUGUCGCCCGCCGCCGUGCCUCCCGCCGUCGCCGCCAUGCUCCGGGGCAACGCCAACACGGCUCGCUCGCACUCUCCUUGGAAUCACACGUACAUGGAGAUCGAGACCGAAGGCGACCCCGUGUACGAGGAGAUCGAGCGUGAGCGCUGGGUGGGACGCGCAGCCGGUGUCGUCAACGGACCGACGGGCCAGGAGACGCUGCAGGUGUCCGACCUCUCCGACGAGGACAUGAAGCGAGGCACGCCGAGCGACAUGAGCCGACAGUCCUCCAGAAGCUACGGCGACGCCCGACCCCUGCUUCCGUAUCACCACGCUCAAGGCCACCACUUCCCUCGGAGCCCGCAGGACCAACAGUUCGCUCUCAGUGAGGAGAGAUUACGGGACUUCAACGCAGCUCAGAUGAGUCGAGAUCUGGAACAGCUGCAGCAGGCACAACAGCAUCUUUCGCGCGACAACCUGAUGACCGUGGCAGUCUUGAACGGGGAGCAGGUGGUCUGCCGCUUGACGUCGCCCUCGAACCCCCAGGCGCCACAGAGCCUGCCAGUCAUCCACGAGGCCGGCGGACGAGGCCUUGUGGCAUCCCAGACCCUGAACGGGGAGCCCGCCCACGUGGUGGUGUCGCGGGGCCCGCACUAUAGACCCCAGCAGUUCAGCGAGUGUUAGUGAUGUUCGUGUGUGCUGCAGUGGAGACUACUUUGGUCUUAUAAAUGGAGUAUGUAAGAAAAUGCCGGCUUGAGUCAUUAGCGAGUUGUCUUUAGACUACUUCUUCACUUGUGCUUUCCAGCUGGACGAUUGGAACUCUAUAGUCUGAAUAGUUACCGACUAUCUCAAAUCCAGUUGGCAUUAUCCUUGAUGGUGCAAGGCGUAUUUCCAUACCGUUUGGAGUUCUUGUUUUAAGUAUUUGUAAACUUCAAUUUCCAUUUUUUUGUGAGCCUGAAAGAGUGCGCGAGAAAACAAAGAGACUAAGUAGUGCACUCAGCUGCAAAAGGGGCAUCAUGGCGGAAACGGACACGAUUUCCUGCAACUUUGAUAACUAGUCGAUGUACUUUCUUAUUUAUUGGUCUCAUUUUAUUUUUACACACCGCGGAACUUUUGUAGCUCUGUGAAAGUGGUGUCGAAGCCUUUGUGAUUUUUAUAUGUAAGAAGUGUUAUAUUUCUGUUAAGUGUGCUACAUUCCAGAGUUUUAGUGUUUAGUUUCGUCAGACGUUGGGUUCAAGCCUCAGUGCCACAGUGCUCUAUACUUCGCUUCAGAAUCACACCAGUUAACGUGAAUGGCUAUUAGAGGAAGUGCCUUUUUCGGUCCGAGGAGUGUGUACAUGUAUAAAGGAAAUAUUUGGAUGUAUAUAAUGAUGUAAAUAGAAUAUAUUUAUAUGUACGUUUUCUUAAUGAAAAGCCAAAGCUUCUAGACGUAGAAGAGUCUUCGAGAGUCAUUUCCAACGGGCCUUUCCUUUGCUUAGUGGAAGAGAAACACUGAUACUUUUUAUGUUAUAUACUUCACCGGCAGUGGUUCCAGGGAGUAACGGGCUGUGGUUCCAGGAGGUCACUAGCUGUGGUUCUUGGGAAUGCCAGCUGUGAUUCCGAAGGAUCGCCAGGUAUGGUUCCAAAGAGUCACCGGUUGUCAGCAGGUAACUUGUUGGCUGAUGCCUCACUUAAACUCACCUGUAGCUUCCCCGGGUUGUCACCGGUGGCUUUCGGGUCGCGGUCGCCCGGUUUUUGCCUCACCUACAUCACCCGCAGCAGGUCUUGGUCCACAGCAAGCCAGGGUCAUGUGGUGGGCAGUUAACUUCAUUGUGGCAUCACUGCAUUUUCGUUGCAUCAUCUCAUCCUUAUGGACAAACUUGUACCUUCAGGUCCGUUGUCUGCCCACGCACAUCGCCUACAGUGUUGGAGUAAACACACUGUGCUUGUGGAUCCAUAUUAAAUCUCCAGCUUAGACUCCUUUUAUUCAGGUCAGUGUGAAUCUAAGCUGGAAGAAUGUAAAGUAGGUAGCUCCCACAAGCUUGGCCAACCCCUGGGACCCGCGCCUGCCAUCAUCUCUUCUCCAACUUGUGAGCUGUGAUACGUUGAAUAGAUAAUCAGUGUAAAAAUAUGACAAUAAAAUGUUUAAAUGGA